UUUUCGGAAUGCAGCAAAUGCACUCGGGAAGUUCCUCCAAAACAUCAGUUCGGCUGUUAAACUCUAGCUGAAAGCCACUUCUCAAAUCGCGAACCUCGUAACGGCAGCUGCAGGAUCGCGAACCUCAUAACGGCAGCUGCAGGAUCGCGAACCUCAUAACGGCAGCUGCAGCGAGCACAGUGCCCCAACCGCCACAGUCACAAUGUCCGCUGUUAUCCAGAGAGCCGCCUGGAAACUCCGUCACAGAUAUGUUCCCAAAUUAUCUAGUUUGUAUCUUCCCAGGACCCGACACUUGAGCACUCAAGCAGUACGUCGACAAGAUGGAGCCAGCGUGGGUCUCUAUGGAUUCGAUCACUUGAAGACUCCCAAAGGCUUUCAGCGCUUCGUUGAUGACGCCAUCGAGAGGUCUGGGGAACUAGUCGAUCAUAUUUCUACAAUGCCUUCAUCAGCUGAAAUUGUCCGAGCCAUGGAUGAGAUUUCAGACACAGUGUGCUCUGUUGUUGACUCGGCAGAACUUUGUAGACAUACUCAUCCAGACAGGGAGUUUGUUGAAGAAGCUAACAAGGCAUCAAUGAGAAUCAAUGAAUAUCUACAUUAUCUCAAUACAAAUCAUACUUUAUAUGCUGCGGUUAAAAAAGCAGAAGAAGAUGGGCAUUUGCUAACAAAGGAGGCUCAUAGGGCUGCCCACCACUUACGCAUUGAUUUUGAAAAGGGUGGAAUCCAUCUAUCUGUUGAGAAAUUAGAUAGAGUAAAUCAGCUAAACAUUGACAUUUUUCAGCUUUCUAGGCAAUUUGGUGAAAAUAUUAGUAUUGAUCCAGGUCAAGUGGAUAUAUUUCCAGCAUCGAGAAUCCCAAAAAAUAUUCAACCUCUCCUAACUCCUGUUCACCGCUUCACAUCUGGAACUUCUGGAGGAUUGUUAAGGUCACAAAAAGAAAAAGGACUUAGGAUAAUAACAGAGCCACGUACUCUACUUUCUGUUCUGCAUUGGGCAUCAGAUGAUGAGGUUAGAAAGAUGGCAUAUAUCGAAGGAAACUCAGUUCCAUGUGCAAACCUCAAAGUUCUUGAUAAGCUUAUUGCUGCUCGCCAUGAGCUUGCUCAGAUUAUGGGGUAUAGAUCUUAUGCUGAAUUCAUGGUGAAACCGAACUUGGCUUCAUCACCUGAAGUUGUGACGUCUUUUCUCUGUGAGAUGAGUGAGAUGAUCAGACCAAAAGCUGAUAAGGAAUUUGAGACUAUUCGAAACUUUAAGAGAGAAAAAUGUGGUCAAAGAUGUGUUAAUUUAGAGCCAUGGGACGAGGCAUAUUAUACAGGGAUGAUGAAGUCUUCCGUUCAGAAUUUGGACUCUUCGAUAGUAGCAUCAUAUUUUCCUCUGCAACAGUGUAUUGAAGGUUUGAAAGUACUGGUGAAGUCAUUAUUUGGUGCAACGUUUCAUAGUGUCCCAAUGGCUCCAGGUGAAUCGUGGCACCCAGAAGUGCUUAAAAUGUGUCUUCAUCAUCCUGAAGAGGGUAAUUUGGGAUAUCUGUACCUUGAUUUAUAUUCCAGGAAGGACAAAUAUCCCUGUUGCGCUAAUUUUGCAAUUAAAGGAGGACGCCGCAUAUCUGAAACAGAAUACCAGCUGCCUAUUGUGGCCCUUGUUUGCAAUUUUUCGGGAUCAUAUAGUUCACCUGUGAGGCUUAACCACUGGGAAGUGGAAACUCUAUUUCAUGAGUUUGGACAUGCUCUUCAUUCCUUACUCUCGAGAACGGACUAUCAACAUUUUUCAGGUACUAGGGUAGUUCUCGACUUUGCCGAAACUCCUUCAAACCUGUUUGAGUACUAUGCCUGGGAUUAUCAAGUCCUGAGAACGUUUGCCAAGCACUAUUCAACUGGUGAAAUAAUACCUGAGAAGUUGGUCAAGUCAAUGCAAGGUGCUAGAGAUAUGUUUGCAGCUACUGAAUUGCAACGCCAGGUUUUCUAUGCUUUGGUUGACCAAACACUUUUUGGAGAACAACCAGCUUCUUCUAGGGAUACCAGUUCUAUUGUUGCAGAUCUUAAAAGACAACACACCAGUUGGAAACAUGUCGAGGGUACACAUUGGCAAAUCAGAUUCAGUCAUCUUGUAAAUUAUGGAGCAGGUUACUAUAGCUACUUGUAUGCUAGAUGUUUCGCUGCAACCAUAUGGAAAAAGUUAUGUCAUGAAGAUCCACUUUCAUUAACCACAGGGACUGCUCUUAGAAUGAAAGUAUUGCAGCAUGGUGGAGCCAAAGAUCCUUCAGAAAUGUUGAAUGAUAUAGCAGGAGAAGGGAUUUUAAGGCAUUCCAAUGGAGGGAUAGUUCCAGACAUGACAAGCUUUUUGGACGAGUUGAGGUUGGUGGAUGAUCAACAUUAAAAGAUGGAGAAUAGCAAUAAUUGGAUAAACCUAGAGAAAAGGAUAUACACUCAUGGGGCAAAGUAUGAAGCAGACAACCAAUCGUUUGAUGAUUUUAUGCAAUUUUAUUCUAACAGCGCAUGUGGGAAGAAGUGUCAUCUGUUUUAAUUCCCAUCAUCGGACAAAGGACCCAACCCAGCAAAUAUGGGCACAGCGAAUGGUUGCAUGCCAUGGCCGCUUCAGGAACUGUGCCAACGUGGGAGUGAGAGAGUUUCAUUUGAAGAGUCCUUUGAGUUUUUCUUGCGAUGAUAAAUGAUUGCAAGAUGAAGUGAGAUCGACUAUUUUUUAUUGAUCACAUCCAUCAUAACCUUUUUUAUUUUGAUUCUUUUGAAGGUCAUUUAUAUCAAUUAUAGAACAGCAGACUUUCAUAUGAUACAAAUAAUUUAUAAUUAUGAAUCGAUGAGAGCAAAACCCAUCAAAAUCA